CUUCGGGUGCUCCAGUCUUCCGUGGACUCAGCCGUUUUGACUUGGCUUCCCCCUCACCCACCGACCGGCCUCCUCCUCGGCUACACCCUCCACCACCGCCCACCGCACGGCCGCACGCCCACCCAGCACUCGCUUCACGCCCAAGCCAAUGUGCAUACUCUCACCCACCUCACCCACGGCACUCACGAAUUCUGGUUAACGGCCAGGACGCGCGUGGGUGAAGGGCCGCCCACGUCAACCGUCAAGCUCACCAUGAUGGAGCAAGUCCCCGCCGGAGUGGCCACGCUGGGAGACCGGGUGGUGGUGACGAGGGGAGACGAUGUGAGGCUAGUGUGUCUAACAGUCGGAGAGCCUCGUCCUCCUCUCACGUGGACGAAGGAUGGACGAAGAGUUGAGCCUAGUACGAGGUUCUCUCAGGACGCCGACGGUUCUCUGGUGAUUCGUGGGGUAGAGCGAAGUGACCGCAGCAACUACACAUGUUCCAUCAACAGCGUGCGGAAACACCCUUACGUGCACACCUCCUCUACCUACACUCUUCAUGUGCAAGUUCCACCCAGCGCCCCGUCCGCCCACAUUUCGGACGCCUCCUCCUCCUCCUCCCUGACGGUGACGUGGGCGGCAGGAGAUACGGGCGGGGCGGCGGUGCGGUCGUGGGCGGUGUGGUGGCGGGCGGCGAGUGGCGGGGGGUCCUGGCACACGCGUGAACUUGGUCGCGCCCACUCCCGUUACGUCAUCGGGGAUUUGCAGUGCGGCGCCGAGUACCAGGUUUACGUCACGGCCAGGACGCACGUCGGGGUAUCGCCGCCCUCACGCCCACUCACCGCCCAUACUUCCGGCUCACCCCCUGUGGCGCCGCCCUCCCGCCAGGUGGCCUCCGGGAACAGCAGCGGCCUGUGGGUGUGGUUGGGAAGGUGGGCGGACGGCGGGUGUCCAAUCACACACUUCACCCUGGAGCUGAAGAGAUCCCGUGACCCAACCUGGACCACUUUGGCAAGCAGUCUGGCGCCGCAGGAAGUAUACGAGGUGGGCAGCGUGAGCAGCGGAGCUACCUUUGGACUUCGGCUCACAGCACACAAUGCUGCUGGCACCACAACUGCCACUGUCACUGCCAACACGGGUGGCAGUGGCGAGUCAGGUGGCACAGGAGGACUGGAAGAGGCACCCCCAAAUCCCCUUCAUGCCGACCCACGCCUCCUUGCCUCCGCUGCCGCCUCUGCCCUGGCCUUGGCUCUCACUGUGGCUGCUGCUGUGCUCUGCCUCAGAAGACGGUCCUCGGCUGGGCCAGGCAGCAACAGAGGCAGUCAGGAUGACCAGGAGGCUGAGGAGAACAAGACCAACCUCCUGCAGCAGAGAGAUGCCUACUAUGCCACCGUCAAGAAGCCUCAGCCUGUACCUGCCACACUGGAGCGGAUACCAGGUACCAGGGAGAAGGAGACAGAGUACUCUGAGGAUAUCUACCCUUACGCCACCUUCCAGCUUGGGGAAGGGCGUGGGGGUGGUGGGGGAGGAGGGGGUGGGGGAGCACCUGAGGACACAGCUACUGCCAAGUUCCAAACCUUUGUGUACCAAGACGCUCGGUAUGGCGUGACCGAGGCACGACCACCCACCUCGCCCGACCACCCGGCACCCACCAGCACUCGUGGGGAGGGCUGGGGGCGGGGAAAAGGGAGACGCGUGCCAGGGGGGCCAAGGAGUGAGAGUGAAGAGUACGAUUCCCUUCAGUCGGACACGGACACCGAACACGCUACAUCUUCCCGCACUGAGUCGUCAAUCCACCUGGACUCCGCUACGCUAGAGACCCACCAUGCCCUCCACCUGCCCCUUGAUCCUCACCUGGCCACCCUGGAAGCUCCCCCGUCACGCCCUGAGCCCAGCCAUGCUUCCUCCCGUGGUUCCGGGGCGUGCAAGGCAUCCACCAACAGGAACAUGCAUCACAACCUGAUCUACCAUGCUCCCGAGUCGAGCACCUCCACUGAGCCAUCUCCUGUGGUGGAGCGCAAGUCAUUCCCACGCAAGCUGGACGUGAGCAAAGUGUCGCGGGCUGGUGGGGCCUUCACCAGUCGAGGCUUAGGCAAGGUCGCUGCCAGCCUACGGGGAGCCACUGCUUCCUCUUCCAGCGCUACACAGGAAACGAGUCUCUGUUUCCCGAAGAAAAUGAGCCAUGGAUCGUCUUCUGUGGACUCUAAGAGCUCCGAGGAUAGCAAAUACGGUUUUACCAGGAAGAUCUCCCCUCCUGUUGCCUUCUCCGGUAGCCACAAUGAACUGUCUGAGGCAGAGUGUGACCUGGAGACUCGCAAGAGGGCAGCCACGGAGGGAGACGCUCCUCCUUACAUCGGACACUCGAGAUCACAAUUUAGGUCGUACGUCUCAGCCCGAGGCAAGGGGGACUACAGCAUCAAGGUUUAGGCAACGACCCGAUCCUCUGCAGGAUAACAAAGUUUUCAUAGAUUCUUCCCAUAGAUUAUGCCAUAACCAGCACCCCAUCUCCAAUAACAAAAUAAAAACACACACACACACACACACACACACACACACACACACACACACAAGAAGAAGAAAAGAAGGGAAAAAAAUGUGCCUCCAAGGGAGGCUGGAGUAUCAAAAUGUUUCAUGUUUUCAUAGGCCAAACCCCCAAUAUGGAAAGAUGUUAGCCGCAGGAUAUGGAUAUUCUAAUGACAACAUACAAGUUAAGUUGGAGCAAAGAUUUAUCAGCACCUUUUUUUUUUUUCUUUUAGGUUAUUUUCUGAGGUACCCCUUUCUCUCUCUCUCUCUCUCUCUCUCUCUCUCUCUCUCUCUCUCUCUCUCUCUCUCUCUCUCUCUCUCUCUCUCUCUCUCUCUCUCUCUCUCUCUCUCUCUCUCUCUCUCAAGUGUAAAUAUUCGUGCCAUGGGUGUCUGGUCAUUUAUUAUUCCCUUUUGAUUUUACCUUUGUGUUAUGAUUAGAAAAUUCCUUUCCGGUAACACUCCAUCAGCUGGUUGAGGCCACAAGUCACAAUCAUGUGGAAAGUUUGGAUUCUUCGCAGCUAGAUGUUCUUUUGUACAGUCUUCAUCACAGUGCUAAUCCCAUCAUGUAACAUGUCCAAAUUGAUCUCUGGUAGAUGUAUGUUUCUUUUUCUGCAAGAGUUUCCCGUGAUAGUCCAGCCAGCAUUAUAAAAAGACCAUUUUCUGAAAUGCUUCUUUGCUGCACCUCCACUACUUUCAAAAGGCUCUUAGUUGAUGUUAUAAAACUUUUAAACAUGUUUUAUUGUGAUUCUAGUAGCAGGUUAGCAAAAUUUCUACAAUACUAACAGAGGAAGCACUGCUGAGAACCUGUCUAAUCAUCUCUGUUGCCUUUGAAGAUAGUCACAGUGAGAGAGCAAAGUGUUUCUGAAUACAGGCCGGUUGUCACAAUGGAGCCACCACUGCCUGCUGUCAUUUCCCAUUACUCUAUGUGCGCUCCCGAUAGCCUCUUUGUAAACAGUUCAAUUCUCCGAGCCAGUGGCCUGAGUUUUUACCCUUGCAAAAACAAAGAACUUAAACCAACAACACACACAUGUAAUUUCUUUGUAACUUUGGUAAGUGUUACUUUAACAACAGUAUGCUACCUGUGCAUAUAAGGAAAGAGAAAUCCUAUUAAUAUAUUUUCUUUUUCUAAUUCACAUGCAUUCACACUACAAUAUGAUUGACAAACUUCAGAAACCAUCAUCACGCUUAAGAAGACAGAGAUAUUCACUCUGUGAAAUUUGAUUCCAUAAGAAAACAUUAACCUCUUCAUUAUCACAAUAGUGUUACAUCUCCAAAGAAAAGUGCAUGGGAAAAGCAACGGUGUAUGCUCAAACCACAAGACACUUUAUUUUAUACUAUAGGCAUCAGUUGGCCAACUCGAGGUGCUAUACUUCCUGAGUCACCACCAGUAUGUGCUCGACAUUCUCCUCAGAAGUGUUUGUGGUUUCAGAAGCUCUUUUGUUUAUUUAUUUUUGUAUUUAUUUAUUUUUUUCUCGUGUUUUCUACUCCAAGUUACCCGCCGUCCCUUCUUUGUAUGUGUGAGAAGUGUUGCCAGCGACUUAUGUUCAGUGUUUACAAAGUGUUACUGUGAUACUCUGUCAUUGUCCCUAACCCAAUAAAGGAAAUUAUUGAA